AUGACCUCCAAUUCCGACUGGAGAGCCUCACUCAGCUCAUCCGAUCGUUAUGAUAAUAUCCAAACCAUAAAGGAUGCGCUUGACGGGUUAAGUGAUACAGACCCUUCCUCUCAGAAAAGCGCAUUUGUCCUUGAGAAUGAGGCGUACAAGACCUCCACGUCGCGUGCUCAGUAUGAUGAAGCAUGCCGGAAUUUACUAGAGCAAAAAGCACCGGUUUCACCCGAGGUGCAACCUGCCUCAAUAGAACAAGUCGCCCCAGAAUCUCCUGGCACCACUAUAGGACAUUAUCAAAACUGUCAUUAUGUCGCAAGUGGACUUACUGCCGAAGUCUAUAGGUCAAGUACAGUGGCUCUCAAAGUAAUUGUUGAUGCUUCUGUCGGGGAACCUCAUAAUCCUUUUAGAGAAGCCAAGAUCUUGAAGUUGCUAAAAAGGCCGUGUAUUCCUUUGCUAGAGACUUUCCGGGAUCAAGAGCAGCGCUUUACUUUAGCUUUUCCGUUCAUGCCCCUAAGUUUAACGACUCUUAUUGAGCAGGGCCGUAUACCAAGAGCCAGGAUACAGAAGCAUUUUACGGACCUCUUUAAUGCUCUAGUUUAUAUCCACGAGAAAGGUAUAAUACAUAGGGACAUCAAACCUUCAGCACUUCUACUUGAGUCGGCCGAUGGUCCCGCCUACCUUUCCGAUUUUGGCGAAGCAUGGCAUCCUGAGCUCUCGAUUCACACGGAACCUGCUCAUAACAAAAUCCUAGACGUUGGCACUGGCCCAUAUCGUGCACCCGAGACACUAUUCGGCGAUAAGUCGUAUGGCCCCGCGGUCGAUAUGUGGGCAGCCGGAGCUAUGCUCGCUGAAUGCUGCCGAGAGACUCCUCGAGAACUUUUUGAAUCCCGAGCGGCCCACGAAGAUGGAAAUCAGCUCGGCCUAAUAUUAAGCAUUUUCAAGACAAUCGGAAGUCCAACUCGGGAGUCAUGGCCGGAAGCAGUGAACUUCAAGACACCCCCAUUCGACAUGUAUCGAGUAUUUGAAGGCCAUUCUUGGGAUGUUCUUCUACCGGAUGUUGAAGAAGAUUUUCGGGAACUUGUUGCUGCAUUAGUAGUAUAUAGCAAUCAUAAAAGAGCUACUGCAUCCCAAGCAUUGAAAUUUAGAUGCUUGCUACAGGAAUAA